GCAGCCUGGUCGGAAAAAACUUGACUCAUUCUCGGCGCUCAGAAGCGACUUUGAGCGUUAUUCGAAAAUCGGUUGACUCACAGACUUGAGUUCAACUCGUUUUUGUGGCAUUCAACGGCAAGCGAAUAAAAGUUCGCCGUCUCGAUAUUCUAUGAUCAGUUUACGGUCUCAACUUCACCCAGGUGUUCCAGUUUCGUUUGAAGUGCUUCUCUCGAGGAUUAGCCGCUGAAAUAAGUCCAGAUCAAUCCAAUCAUGCCGACCGCCUGCCAAGUAACGCUGCUCGCUGGAUGCCUGCUUCUGGCCAUGAGUUCGGUUCGGGCCCAGUUCUUCUACCACCAGGCGCUGGGUCUGCCGGUUGCGCACGCUUACGAACCGGCCAAUCCGUACCAGGGAUAUGCCACAGCCGAUGCCCAUCCCUCGGUGGUGCGAAAUGCCCAGUGGGAGUCUGAGUUGCCGGCUGAGCUGUCGAAGAGUGCGCGGUUCUACAAUGAUCCCGUGAUCGCCGCCAAUCUGGCCAAGGAAUCACUGCUCACGAAGAAGGAAAUGGCAGUGGUACAUCGCGAGGCUGAGAAAAUACCGCGCGAACAGGUGUACAAGCUCUUCAAGAACGCCGGCUACCUGAGUAGCAGAUAGAAGUCGCGAAGCCAGAUGAGUUCCGUUCCCCACGUGCCUUGUUGUAUUUUAGCUUGUAAAUUGUUAAUAUAUUGUACAUAGUACUAUACA